AUGGCCUUUAAGUUUGUCGUUAUGGCUGCUCUGGUGGCGUACGCCCGCGCCGGUAUCAUCAGCCAAGCACCUCUGGCCUACGCGGCACCAGCCUACGCAGCAGCACCAGCAUACGCAGCUGCACCAGCAUACGCGGCUGCACCAGCAUACGCAGCUGCACCAGCAUACGCGGCUGCACCAGCUUACGCACCAGCUCCAGCUCUUGCCUACAAGGCUUACGCAGCCCCACCUGCCUACGCUGCCGCCCCCAUCGCCUACAAGUCCUACGCUGCCACCCCCAUCGCCAGUGCCGUCGUUGCCAAGACCGUGGACAACGAGUACGACCCCAACCCCCAGUACAGCUACAGCUACGACGUCCAUGACACACUCACCGGUGACGCCAAGAGCCAGUCGGAGACCCGCAACGGGGACAGCGUCCAGGGCAGUUACUCGCUCAUCGAGGCCGAUGGCACCCGCCGCAUCGUCGAGUACACCGCCGAUCCCCACAAUGGCUUCAACGCCGUCGUGCACAAGGAGCCCGCCGCCGUUGCCGUCAAGGCCGCCGUUCCCGUCGUCGCCAAGGCCGCCUUCGCCGCUCCGGCCUACGCUGCCCCUCUGGCCUACAAGGCUCACUCAUCACACCUCAACUUAUGUAACUUCACAAUGCAUCAAGGUCAUCGUCACGAAUCAUUGAAAUUAGUGAUAUGGUGGCCUUAG